GCACCACGCUGAAGGUGACAUUGUACACCGGGCGUACACGCAGGUUGUGGGCAGUGUUUUUUUUUGCUGGAAAUUGCGACCACAAAAGCUGGUAGAUUUUGCGCAUUAAUCAAACAAUGUUCUCCAUUGUAGCUCUGCAGUCUGUUCUACCACUUGAAAAAGAAAAGGAUGUGGACGACCUGUUCAACAGUGAUACAGCAGCCGGACAAGUCCAUUCAGUGUGGGGAAGCACCGGCCACCUGUUUGUGUCCCUUAAUGAGGGGCUGGCCCUGAAGGCAUUCGACACAGCACCAGUUGAUCAAAAGGUACAGAAAGGGAAACGUGCCCUCGCUGUUCAUCAGACGGCAUCUGAAAUCAUAGAUGUCUGUGCCUUGAAGAAAAAGAAUGCCCCAGUCUACAUUGCUCACAGAAAUGGCACUCUCAAAGCGUGGUCGUACUCUGACAGCGGCGGUUGGGUGCAUCUGGGCAACAUCAGCCUGUGUGUCAAGCAACAGGCAGAGCUGCACACCGUCACUAUUGAUGAGGGCAGAGGUCGUGUGAUCUGGGUCGAAGGUCAAUUGCGUAGCAACCAAGAUGGCUGCCACUACAGCAUCUGCACCAGAACAAUGACAUUUGAGUCCACGGAUGUUAAGCACAGCGUCGGGCCAGCACUGACGCUGCUGCAGAACUGCCCGAAGUGUGCCCUCUAUUGUUCCCCUCUUGCGGUCAACAUUUGGCCCAGUGACCCCUGUCCAAAGGGACUGUACUUCACUUGGCACUCGGACGCCUACCUUCUCAAGAACCAGCUGGAUACACACAUUCUGGGCCAUGGCCGUUGCUUGUCUGAGGACCGGGCCAGUGCCGCGGUCGACUUCAAGACUGCUGCGUCUAAGCUGCGGCAUAUCUGGGCACGGAAAUCCACUCAGCCAGAACUGCAAGUGGUUGCUAAGGCCUGCCAUCUGUCCACCGGUGUGUUGUUUCUUGUCUCCAGUAAUGGACAUGUGCACAUGCUCAGUGGAGCUGAAGAGUCACUGAAUGCGUUGAAGCUACCUGCCUCUGUGAAUGUUGCUGAUAGUACCGGCUGGUUUGCGUACAGAUUUGUCCUUGGAGCUCUGUUUAGAGAUCAUGUGAUCAGGUUAAUGAGUAACACGUCAGGCGAUUUGCUGCAGGAGUUGGACUUAUCGACGGUCUUCGCAGACGCCGGCUUCAAGCUGUGGAGCAUCAUGGGAAUGAUACCAAGAAUCGGAUUCUGGAGUUCAGAGGGAAUAUGGGUUCUUCAAAUGGAUAAUAUCGAGAAUGUGGCAUCAGCAAUGAGCUCCCCAGAAGCCGCCUCAACCCUGCGCGAUUUCAGCGAGGAUAGACUGGCUGCGCGGACUGCUCUCCAGGGGGCCUAUGAGGCUUACUCCGGCCGGAGUAACGACGAGGGGCGAGGCAAGGGAGUGGCUGUCCCUCAGCAGGGGUUUCAGAAUCCUGGCCUCAUGGUGUCUGUACUCCAGGGAGCGGAUGCCACCCACAAGCCCCAGGCCAGCCAAGCACUCCAGUCACUCUACGAGAGGAGAGACGACGGCGCGGAACAAGAGACGAGAUUAAACGAUACCAUCGGACCCCUGCUGCAGCAGUACUGGGCGCUGCACCGAGAAAAGCUGGGCGUCUGGGAUGCGUCGUCCGAUGAAGCACAGAAGCCAUUCACAAUUCAAGAGGCUGUUUUGAAACUCUUGGACAGCUCCUUGACCCUCUCGGCCAAUCGCAAGAGGUCUCAGAUGACUUAUCUCAGCCUGAACGCUCCGGUGGCAACGCUCGCCUGUUUGCUGGAUGCCCUGAACAUCGGCAAACUGGAUGACAACGGUCACAUCGAAUUCCAUGCAAUCCCAUUGGACGAGGAGGAGUUGGAUCCGUCUCUCCCGCCCGUCUCAUUGGCUGUGAAGGCCCCUGAAUCUGAAUCGGGACUGCCGUUGUUUGAGAUUGUUUGCAGGCUGAUGUUUAGAGAAUGCCCUACUCAGCUGGUUGAGUUCGUGAACAUGUGCCAGCAGGCAAGGGACAAAGUGUUGGACGUCUCGGCCUUCUCAAGAAAGAAAUCAACAGUUCAGCUGUGUGAUAUUGCACUUGGCAGCUUGCCAGGACCAGACCAUUCUAGAAAUCAGGAGGGUGCUGUACUAGCCACAGCAAAGCUAAUGCAACUCAGUGCAAUGUCUCAUGGUUCUCUGAAUGCAUUGAAGCUCCUCCUGAAGCACAAGCUGUGGUGUGAAGCCAUCUGUCUAGUCCAGGAGAAGGCUGACAACACGCAGACCCACUCCGAACUCUUCCAUGUCCUGCUGAUGUCCAUACUGCAAGAUCGGGAAAUAGUUCCAGAGUAUUACGAAAGGCUGUGGGCUUGCCUACCUCAGAAAAUCAGCUCCCUGGAGUUCCUGAAGCUACUGACCACCCACCACCAGCCCAGCAAUCCCAGAAUCCACCUGUGCCAACAGGUGCUGUGUCGACCCCAGGAUGACCUCCAGAUAGGCAUGGUCAGGGAUCAGCUCAUCAGUCUGCUGGGCCGAGAAAAGGUCACAGGUCAAUGAACCGUCAAUGUUAUUCCAAAAACAAAAUUGUCUGAAAUAAUAUGUGUAUGUAUUUUUGAUUUUGAUGGUGCUUUUGCAAAUAGUGGUGUGAUCCAGAUGUUUUUGCUUUAAUUGAUGUGCAAUCCAAUCAGUAUUCGUUUUUGGUUGUGAGAUUUGCAUCCCAUGCAGAUGUGAUGUGACAAGCCAAUAUUGCAUGUGGCAAGCCAAUAUAUACGUGUACG